AUGUUGGUGGACGCCUACUGUGGUGACCAGCCCCGGGAUCAUCAUCGUCUACAGGACCGGCGACCGGUGACUGCAAACCGCUACGCGCACUCUGCCGUCUACGAAAUCCUCUUCGAGUACGCCUGUGCGGUCAUGCAAAGAAGCAUGGGCCCCUUUGCCUUCGGCUGUCCAAACUUCGGACUGAUCAUCAUCAACACGGACAAAACGGUGGCCAUGCACCAAUCAGCACCAAAGGAGGAACACGCCACGCUCAGCAUCAGUGUGCGUGGAACACGGCUCUUAUCCAUGUACAAGUCCACCUGCGAAGGCAGCAUCAUUUCGAACAACACCAAGAUAGUCUGCGAAGUGGUCCACCGACCUCCAAAGCCAGCCAGGCAUUCGGUCAGCCGCAGGCCUCCGUCUGGAGCCGCCACGGACUUCGACUCAACACGAAGCUCAAAAUGGGCAGGACGGUAG